AGCCUCAUCAAAACCGCACGCACGCACGCACUCCGCAACCAGUCCUUUUGCUGUGAGAGAGAGAGAGUCAGAGCGAAAGCGAGCGAGCGCCAAGCUAAAAAAAAAAAAAAAAGGAAAAAACCCAGAGAGGAAGCAGAGAAAAAACAGAGUAAUGGAGGACAUGAAGAAGAGAAAGCUAGGGGAUUCGGCGGCUGACGACGACGUUUCUACAGUGGAAGAGUUGCGGACGCUGCUUGACCCUCUUGCUAAGCCCCAGCUUGUGGAUCUUCUUGCCAAACUGGGUUCCCAAUAUCCUUCUAUUGCAGACGAAAUUAGAAGUAUUGCCAGUGCAGACCCUGUCCAUCGAAAGCUUUUUGUUCGUGGCUUGGCCUGGAAUACCACUUCAGAAACCUUGUGUGAUGCAUUUAGAGUGCACGGAGAAAUUGAGGAAGGGGCUGUGAUCUAUGACAAAGCAACUGGAAAAUCACGUGGUUAUGGUUUCAUUACCUAUAAACAUAUGGAUUCAACUCAAAAAGCAUUGAAAGCGCCUAGCAAGUUGAUUGAUGGUCGAUUGGCUGUUUGUAAUUUAGCUUGUGAGGGCUUAAGUGGGACAAGUACUACCCCUGAUCUUGCCCAGAGGAAGCUCUAUAUAGGGGGCUUGUCACCUGAGGUUACAAGUGAGAUGUUGCUCAACUUCUUUGCAAGGCAUGGUGACAUAGAAGAAGGUUCAGUUGCAUAUGACAAAGAUAGUAAUGAAUCACGUGGGUUUGGCUUUGUUACAUAUAAGACAGUUGAGUCAGCUAAGAAGGCAAUAGAUGAUCCACAAAAGACCCUUGGGGGAAGAAAUCUCAUUGUCAAGCUUGCUGAUUCCCACAAGGGCAGAACAAUGCAAGCACAGUUACCUGCAGCAAUGGCUCCAAUGUCCUUGCCAAUGGCUGGUGGAUAUCCACAGCCUGGAAAAGCUUAUGCCAACACCGCUUCGGUUGGCUAUGGUUAUCCUCAAAAUAUGGUAUACCCUGACUCUUCAUACCCAAGUCCUCCCACAGCAUCUGCUCCAUACGCAAUGCAGAAUCAGGUUCCAUAUGCACAACAAGUUGCGUUAAAGAAAGACUCCUUUGGACUACCAUCAACAACACCUAUGGGAAUGGGAGGAUACCCUUAUUACAUCCCCAAACAAUGAUAUAUGUCAAAUUCGGAACAUGGACGCCCUCGUCUUUUUCCGUCUUUGAAAUCUUUUGUUGGUAUAGGCAUUCAAAAUUUGUAGAUGGCAUAAAAAACCAUUGUUUCAAUAGCGGAGGGGUUUCUAGUAGAAGGAUUGUUUUUGGUUCUUUGUAACAUUGGCACAAGAUAGUUGAACCUGGUCCUGGUUAUUUAUAAUAGGGAUAGUUUGUACUGAUGUUUUAGUUUACAGUAAGUUCUUUUUUUUUGGUUGGACGUUAAUUAGAUUUUCUAGACUUUUCAGUCUAUAAAUUAUGUAUCUAUUCAGUGAUCUAUCUUAGCAGGCUACUAUAGAUGCAGCUAUAAUUUUUGUUUUCCCAUAUUUAUUGGUGGCUGCAGGAUCAGAACCGCUGCCUAAUAAAUUUGCUUCUAAUUUGAAAAUUUAAUUUCGUUCAA